AUGGCGUUGAGGCCAGAGCUGCUGCAGGGCAUGUCAGGAGCUCCUCAAGACUUCCUCUGGAUCGUCGUCGUGGGAGGCAUCGUCUGCUUCCUCACUGCCUUCGCGAUCGGCGCCAACGAUGUUGCCAACACGUUCAGCAGCUCUGUCGGCUCCAAAGCCAUACCCCUCUCCACAGCCAUCGCCAUGGCAGCUGCGCUCGAGACGCUGGGAGCAACUCUUCUUGGAGCUGCAGUUACAGACUCUAUCAGGUCGAAGAUUAUUGACUUCUCCGCAUUCGAAGAGCACCCUUCCGUUCUCAUGCUGGGAAUGCUUUGCUCGCUCCUAGGUGCAGGCUUGUGGCUGUAUUUGGCGAAUCGCUUUGGGCUGCCCGUUUCUACGACACACUCUAUCGUUGGAGCGUUACUGGGGUUCGAGCAAUUCGGUGAGAAACUGACAGGCACAGACAGUGCAUGGAGCGGGGGGAAAAGAGGAAGAGGGGAGAGAGGGGAGAAGAGGGAAGAAGGAAGAGUAGGGGCGGGAGAAAAGCGAGGGAGUUUGGGAGAGGGAAGAAGAGGCUUUCCGAAGACAGGUGGGGAUUUUGCGAGUGUGGCUUUUGGGGAGGGAGGGAGGGAGGGAGGAGGAGGGGUGAAGGCUAUUUGCAGCCAACGUUGCAUGCUGUUGCAUGCUGCUGCUGCUUUCGGAAUGCGGUUUUGUUUAGAUGUUUAUGGGUCUUUAUUUGGCUUAUUGUACUGA